AUGCUGCAACUCUUGCAAGCAAAAAGCAUAUUUGGAGGGUUCUAUCAUGAGAACCCCCAUGAGCAUAUUCGAAACUUUGUGAAGACAUACAGUCUGUUCUCACUCAAGGAUAUUUCGCAAGAAUCAAUUCGGCUGCGGACUGAGUAUGACAAUGAUUUGGUGGUUGUUACUCGAUGUGCAAAAAUAGUGGUUGGUAAUGCAAAGGUUAAUGAUGGGGUGAAAGCUCAUGAAGAAGAGAAAGAUAUUGAUGAGGAAGAGAAGCCCAUUCAAGCACUAGCAAGUUUUAUGCUCAAGGAGAAGGAUGAAAAUCAUAAGCAAAGCCCCGUUGAAGAGUUGCAAAAAGUGGAAGCAUUGUUGGCAAUACCGGGUUAUACCAAAUUCAUGAAGGAGCUAGUCACCAAGAGUAGAACCAUGGACUUCGAGACAAUCGAAGUUUCUCAUAAUUGUAGUGCCAAUAUGACUAGAGAGAUGAUUAAAAAGAAAGAAGAUCUGGGGGCAUUCACCAUCCCAUGCACUAUCGGUAUGCUUCAAUUUGCUAAAGCUCUAUGUGAUUUGGGGGCAACUAUAAAUCUAGUGACCUAUGCAAUCUAUAAACAACUUGGGUUGGGCGAACCAAAAUCCACAACAAUUCAGCUUUUUAUGGUGGACCAGUCGAUCAAGAACCCCAUUGGUAUACUCUAUGAUAUAUUGGUGAAGGUUGAUCGAUUCAUCCUUCCGGCUGAUUUUGUUAUUCUUGAUUGUGAGAUUGAUGCUGAAUUUUCCAUUAUUUUGGGAAGACCAUUUUUAGCAACCGGGAGAGCACUUUGA